AUGGCCUCCGACAUGACCGGCGAACAGAUGCAGGCCAAGAUCACCGCGGCCAGGCGCGAAGCCGAAGGGUUGAAAGACAAGAUCAGGCGCCGGAAGGAUGAUCUGGCCGACACUUCCCUUCGCCAGGUGGCGCAGAAUCACACCGAUAACCUCCCUCGAAUUGGAAUGAAGCCGCGCCGGACGCUGAAGGGCCAUCUUGCCAAAAUCUACGCCAUGCACUGGUCGACCGACCGCCGCCACCUCGUGUCAGCUUCGCAGGACGGAAAGCUCAUCAUUUGGGAUGCCUACACCACCAACAAAGUCCAUGCGAUCCCUCUCCGCUCGUCCUGGGUCAUGACCUGUGCCUAUGCGCCCAGCGGUAAUUACGUGGCCUGUGGUGGUCUCGACAACAUCUGUUCCAUCUACAACCUGUCGUCCCGUGAAGGCCCAACUCGCGUCGCGCGCGAGCUCUCUGGCCACUCCGGCUACCUCUCCUGCUGCCGUUUCAUCAACGACCGUCGUAUCAUCACUUCCUCGGGUGACAUGACCUGUAUGCUGUGGGAUAUCGAGUCGGGGUCCAAGGUCACCGAAUUCGCCGACCACCUCGGAGAUGUGAUGUCGAUCAGCAUCAACCCGACCAACCAGAACAUCUUCGUUUCCGGCGCCUGUGAUGCGUUCGCCAAGCUCUGGGAUAUCCGUACCGGCCGGGCCGUGCAGACCUUCGCGGGCCACGAGUCCGAUAUCAACGCUAUCCAAUUCUUCCCCGAUGGCAAUGCCUUUGGUACUGGUUCUGACGAUACCUCCUGCCGUCUCUUCGACAUCCGUGCCGACCGCGAACUCAAUAUCUACCAGGUUGGUUUCUCCCCUCCCCCCAUUUCCCCGUCAAUCCCUUUUGGAAUGCAGGGUUCCACCUUCCAUUCGGUACUAAUUUUCAUUUCUUCAUUUCUCCAGAGUGAUCAAGUUCUGUGCGGUAUCACCUCGGUCGCUUUCUCCGUUUCGGGUCGUUUACUGUUCGCUGGUUAUGAUGACUUCGAAUGCAAGGUGUGGGAUGUCCUGCGCGGUGACAAGGUUGGCUCGUUGAGCGGUCACGAGAACCGGGUGAGCUGCCUGGGUGUCAGCAAUGACGGCAUCAGUUUGUGCACUGGAUCUUGGGAUUCUCUCCUCAAGGUCUGGGCCUGGUAA